CCCUUCAGUUCAAACGUCACGACGCCGACGUCGACGCCGAAUAAACGGAGAAGAUCGACGCGUACGCGCAAAGAAACAGCUGCUGAGGGAGAGAUGGACCUAGAUUCAGCCGGCGAGACUGACCACGACGAAAGCGACAAUGUACCAUCACCAGCAGAAUCCAGCCAGGACGAGUUUGAGGAUGUAGCACCAGCGAAGAAACCCAGGAAAUCAGCCAUCAAGGGCACAUCUAAUAGAACUAAGAAAAAGAAUGUACAGAUUAUUAGAGAUAACGGUACAGAAAACGCGCUUUACGAGACGCUCACAGAAGCAACUGUCGAUGUUCCUACUGCAGUACAGGAAUGGCUGGGCUCCUAUGUAGACGAUCGACACGAAUCACUUCAGACACUCAUAAAUUGUCUCAUUAAGACCACAGGAUGUCAACAAUCUAUUACGGCAGAUCAGGCCGUCGACUUCGAUGGUAUACCAGAUGUGAUAGACUCGCUAGAGCGUUCAUUUAAAUCUCAAUCUAAUACAGUAUACCCUCUCAUCCACCGUGCUGGAAACCUCAAGAAAAUUGGCGUAGCAAUAACCAAAUUCUUAGACGAACUCGUGAAGUCCUCCUCAGAAUCUUUGACUCUCUAUGAAGAAUCAGAGAAUGGUGAAACUCUCAUGGAAACACUCCAACAUUGGAUCACAAGUUUGACCUCUUCUCCGCUCAGAGCAUUUAGACAUACAGCCACAGUAUGGGGUCUCUCUUUGUCUAGCGCAUUGUGUAAACUCGCUAGAGAUUUUGAUAAGCAGUUCUCAAAAGAAUCGAGUCGUCGUCAAACUUCUAACAAAUCUGAAACUUUGCUGUCAAGAAAGACAACAGUAGAAAAUUUCAUACAAGAAGUCACAGAUGGUGUUUUUAUACACAGAUAUAGGGAUAUAGAGCCAAUUAUCAGAUCAGAAUGUGUCAAAGCUUUGGGAUUCUGGAUGAAAACAUGGCCAAAUCACUUCCUCGAAGGUAAUUACCUGAGGUAUACAGGCUGGUUACUCUCAGAUACAGAUGCAUCAGUCAGACACGCAGCCAUCGAUUCACUCGUGCCGUUAUAUUCUUCUGAAGAGCAUUUAACACAACUGCAACAUUUCACCGAUAGAUUCAAGCAGCGUUUAAUAGAGAUAAGUCUAAGGGAUAUCGACGCUAGCGUGAAAAUAUCCUCUUUAAAACUCAUCACCGCUAUCGAUAACCAUGAGCUACUUGAAGACGACGAAAGGAUGCAGAUAUCAAAACUAGCAUUCGACUUGAACCCGAAAGUACGCAAAGCAUGCGGAGGGUUCUGGCAGACGCUUGUAGAUGAUGAGCAGAAGAGACUCGUUGGAACGGCCCCUAACAUGAACGAAAACAAUUAUGAUAUUGAGCAACUCGGGACGAUCAAGGCAUUCACAAGUCUCCUCGUAACAUCCACGCGCAUAAUUGACGGUCCUGAAAAGCGUCGAACUGGAAACGAAGCAGGAAGUAGGUUGAGAAUUGCGCUGGAUGACCUUUGGAGUUCCUUAGACGUUGUGCGCGACUGGAAGGCGAUGUUAGAUACUUUAAUUAUCGACCAUUCGACAAUUGAUGACAACUUCUCGCAAUUUAAACUAACUGAAGAUGAGGAAGACAUGCUAGUCGAACUAUUCUGCGCAUGCGUGAACCACAUCCACGACGAAUCAGACGCAGCUUCAGACACGUCCAUUCGGAGGAAGAAGAAACCAGUAGUUGGCGAUGAGUUAACCAAAGUCUCGCGUCAAUUGAUACAAGAUCUUCCAAAUCUCUACUCAAAGCAUCAGGCAAUACCUUCACGUAUGGCAGAUUUACUGACGUUACCUCGCGCGAUGGAACUCACACUCUACUUGGACAUGCGAAUGGAGGGUGCCUUUGAAUCAUUAUACAAUGAAAUUAGCCAACAAUUUCAAAAGCACUCCUUACCAUCCGUUUUAGAAGCUGCUACUGAGAGUAUUUUUGCACUCAACAACGCGAAUGUUUUGGUAAAUAUCAGUGAGAGGAAUUAUGACGCUUUGGUUUAUAACCUCGUCUCGUCACUCAAAUCUCUCGUGUCAGGACAGGAAAUUGAGAAUGCAGAUAUCGAUGAAGAUAGCGCAAACAGAAUACAAUCUGCGUUGUUAAGAUUCAUCUUCAUUUCUACCAGAGCCAAGUUAGGUGAUACCAUGGAUGAAAGCGCUGGCGAUGAUGCUAGUGUUUCGCAAAUUGUACUUGCGUUAGCCACUAGAGGUGCACUUGGUUACGAAAUCGAAGCCAAGAUGGUUGAAAAUGCUUUACAGUUACUCUUCUUGAAUCUCCUCUGGCGCGCGUCUGAUCUUGUUAAGAUGGAAGCAAUCACAACUGAAAGGGAGGAUUCAGAGUAUGAGAUUAAACUGUCACAACUUAAUCAAUCGCGUGAUGAUCUCUAUCAACUGGUCGUUGAUUUAUCUGUCGGCUCGACAUCAAAUUCAACAGAAAGUGUCAAAUCUAAAGCAUUCAAGAUACUAAUGGAAUUGGCUAUCUUAUUCACGAACGGCAGAUCAAAAGAAUUCAGCACUGGAAUAUCAAAACACAGCUCAAUCGAGUUCAGUGAAGAAAUUCAAUUGAGAUGUAUGGGAUAUGUCGAAGCUGAAAUAGAACAAUUUGCCCAAGACUGUCGUUUCAAUGCAGACGAAGGUAAUGAGGAAGACGACGAUGAAGUAUCUGAAGGCGAUGAUAGUAGCGAUGACGAAGCUCAAUCAAAGACCAAGAAGAAAACAAAGGCGACAUCAAAGGCAAAACAAUCAAAGAAGACAAAAAAACAGGAAUCAACGUUGGCACUCCAACCAGACCACAUUGAUAAAACGUACGAGUUCUCAGAGAUGAUAGCCGUUACUGUGAAAUCUAUAAGAUUGGGUGUUAUGCCAAUAGACAAACUACCAGUGAUACUAGCCCACCAUGGAAGAUUUGGGGUCUUAUUUGAUAGUCUCAAUAAGCUAGCAUUAGAUGCAAUACGUGAGAUUUCUUUAUAUGCAGGUAGCGAAUACUAUUUGGGAAUCGUACAAGUUAUUUCUUCAUCUUUGAUAUCCGCCCAUAAGCUACUUUUGGAAGGAAAGGUUGAUGACGACUCACAUUUGAUCAGCUUGGGAAGAUCACUCUCUUCGUCUUUGAUUGUUAGAGGUGCCCAACUCAAGAUAGUGAAGAAAACAUCACCAAAUGUGAUAGUAGCAAUUCACAAGAGGGUACUCACAGAUUUGGUAGAUAAUCUCAAGCCAGUUGUUGGUGAACAACGUAAAAAUGCUGCCAAGAUAUCCCAAAUCAACUCAGGUUUCAAAGCUUUACAUCAUCUCCUAGCUGCUGGUCCAUCCGGACUCAUAGAAGGCAAACAUGUACUUGAGGUUAAGAACUUCUACGAUGAGUUGCUCAAAUCAGCGGAGAUUGCUGUUGGAACGUCGAGCAAAAUCUGGGAUGGUGCACGAUCAUAUGAGAAGAAGUUAGUUAAUUUAAUAGCGAAAGAUAAGAAUCUUGUUAGGCAUACUGAAGAUGGUGAUGCAUCUAUGGUUCGCCAAGCACGUCCGAGAGCUGUGGCUACAGCUGCCAAGGAGUUAUCUAAGGAUAUGGUCGAAAGCGACGAAGAAAGUGAUGACAACAGUGAAAACGAGCAUGCUGAAGAGCAGGACGAAGAACCUGAGAACGACGCUGAAGAAAAUGACGAGACUGUAGAGCCAGAAGGAGAAAAAGGAGGCGUGGCUUCAUCGUCACCACUUUCGAAACUGCCUGAGGAAGAAGACGAUGAGUCCGAAAACGUUUCUUCACAGAUGUCGAAGAAAAGAUCGCGACAAUCAGAUGUGCAACCAGAAAUGGAAUCGCCAACUAAAGGUUUACAACAGUCGAACAUAUUAAGAACUAAACGCAGUCGCAUAAUCUAAGAAAUUGUAAUAAAAUUAUUUGCUGUAC